AUGGCCCAGCAGAUGAGUUUCCCACCACCUCCGCAAUCCCCACCACCGCAGAAUUUCAGCUAUCCCCCUCCUCCAACGUUCAAUUAUAAUAGUGCUGCAAUCGGCACUGCGCAUUCCGAGACACCACCGCGCCAAGAAGGAACCUUCGAAAAAAUCCCAGGCGGCGCGCCGGCAUUUGGAACCUUCGUUGGAGCCGGCGGAACUGAGCAGGACAACGUAGGAACGUUCAAUGGCGGUAGUUACAGGGUUAGCCAUCGCGACACGAAUUCGAUUCUGACGGUUCAGCUUGCGAUGGGAUGCCCAUUGGUUGCGAAGCCAGGUGCUAUGAUCGCAAUGUCUCCCACCAUCACACUAAGAGGUACGGUGAAGUUCUCCAUGAAGAAGCUGCUUAUCGGAAGCGAGAUGGCAAUCUCCACAUACACUGGACCGGGGGAGCUUCUGCUCGCGCCAUCCGUUCUGGGCGAUAUCACUGUUCUGCGCCUCAUGGGUUCAGAAACGUGGAAACUGGGCAAGGACGCUUUCCUAGCUGCAACGAGUGGUAUCCAUAAGGAUUACCAAGCGCAAGGUCUUGCGAAGGGAAUGUUCUCUGGCGAGGGCUUCUUCGUCUACAAAAUGUCAGGAGUAGGCCUUGUGUGGGUGCAAAGCUUUGGGGCCAUCAUUAGGAAAGACCUCGUGGACGGUGAAUCUUACUACAUCGACAACGGCCACCUGGUAGCCUGGAACUGCAAGUACAAGAUCGAACGCGUUGCAUCCGGCGGUAUCAUAUCGAACUUCAGUGCGGGCGAAGGUCUCGCUUGCAGAUUCACCGGUCCGGGAACUGUCUACAUGCAGACGAGGAAUUUGAACGUCUUCGGUACGCAUAUCGGGGCAAGCACAGCUAGUGGUUGA